CUCGGCCUUGCGUGCGUCCUCUCCUUCUCUCACUCUUUCUCUUUCUCUUCGCUUCCCACCGUUCUUCUCUUCUGCCUCACUACGUUUAUAUUAUCGUCCCUUCACCCGCGACACAAUGCCGCCUCAAAUUCACGCACUCCGUGUCGUCUGUCAUGUUCUCGCCGCGGCCGUCGCGCGCACCUUUUGAAUUCCGCCCCCCGCCCGCCGCCGCCCCGCCGCACCGCCGUAGCCGUCGAUGCGAUGCGGUGCGGUGCGGUGCGGUGCGGUGUGGUGUGGCGUGGCGUGGCGCAGCGCGGUGUGGUGCACCCACGCCCCGCUAAAUGCAAUCGCGCGCGAGGGUGGUUGGCGCGUUAUCGUUAGUGGUUCUCGCGCUCCUCACGGCGUGUGCGUGCCGGUCACGUCGCGCCAAGCACCGACGACACUGCGCGGUGCGACGUUUCUUACGAUGACGUCUCUCCGCUCUCCGCCGUCGACUCCGUCGAGCGUUGUUGUUCGUGCCGAUAACUCGCGAUACCUCGCGAUACUACGCCGAACGAUAUAUCACGAGCCGAACUGAGAGAGGCGUACCGUGUACGUAUUCCGUGCGUAUUUCGUGCGUACAAUACUACUCGCACAAUCUCGUAGUGCUGCGUGAAAUCUUCCUCCGAGAGGGACUUGCUCGACGCAACACGCGCGUACACGAACCGUGUUUCGCGGACGACUCGCAGACUUCUCCGCCGCUUUUUACGUUUCUCCUCUGCUCUCGCGAGUGCCUCUCCUCUUUUUCUCUCUCUCUCUCUCUCUCUCUCUCUCUCUCUUUCGAGUUCUCCUGCCCUCGCCUCCGCGGCGCAAACUCUCCCUGUCCCUCUCUCUCUCUUUCUCUUUCUCUCCCUCUCGUCGUGUAAACACGCGCGCACACACACACCGCAGAAUCUGUAACCGCGGCAGCAAGAGUCGGCACCGCACUGCUCGACCGUAUCGCUUGCUCGGCCGCUCGAACCGCACCGCUCGUACGUUUCCGUUGUUGCUCGACGACGCUCGGUCGUGUUCGGGUUCGAAGCCUCACGGCGGUGGAGGCGGUGGAGGCGGUGGUGGAGGCGGCGGCGGCUGUGGCUGGUCCGGCAUAGUCUGUCCUUUGCUACUUUCCACUCACGCCGAUCUCCCUCUCUCCCUCUCUCUCUCUCUCCCGUCCCUCCUUUCCUGUCUCUUCCGCCCGUCUCUUUUCCUCUCUCUCUCUCUCUCUCUUUUAUCGUGCGCACGUCCGACUGCCUCUCACUCUCUCUCUCUCUCUACCAUUAAACCCUCAUCCUCCUUUCCCUCUUCCUUCCCUCUCGCUCCUCAAAUGUACUUCUCCGUUUCUUCCUCUUCCUCUCUCUCCCACGCACGUGCGCUUCCUCUCUCUCUUUGUCGCUCGUCUUCCCUCCUUUUCUCCCAUGAUCGUUUCAUCUCCCUUAUUCCGCUCCCCUUCUCCUCCUCCUCCUCUUGUCUCUCUCUUCUCGUCCGUCACACUCAUCCACCUCCCACACCCACCGCCCUCCUCUUUCGCCCUCUUUCUCCCCGUCUUUCUUCUUCUUUCUUCGUACGUCUCUCAUUCUUUGCAUCCUCCAUUUUUGUUUUUUUUCUUUUUACGACUGUCCUCGUCCCGCUCGCGGCCAAGGAUAGUCGAUGAGCGGACUCGACAGGGUUAAUCGAUCGCCGGCGAUCGAUGGUAAAUCAUGGCACGCGCCCUGGCGAUCGAUUGAGAUAGAUCGAUCGUAAGUGCAGCCCGCGCGAUCGUUACCCGGUACGCGGCUACGUCGGCCGCAUCGACGAUAAGGCACUACCGCGGAGAGAGAAAGAGAGAGCGAGAGAGAGAGAGAGAGGGAGAGAGACGAGCGUAUAACGGUCACUCUCCGCGCGUGUAGCAGCCAACGACGAAGCCAGGGCCGAAUUUACAACGGAUCGGUACGUCCUUUCCACCUAUGGACCGAGGACAUUAUGCAAAUUAGCUCUCGCGCGCGAGCGACAAGAUUGUAUUUGCGUGAGGAUGUUGCAAUGGAACCAAAGCAAAAGACGGACCAAUCUAAGAAAAAGUCACCUAAUUUAUCCAUGAUAGCGAACGUUUGGGCCUUAUCCUGUGCCUUAGACCUGGGUUUACUUUGCGAAUCUUCUCUCAAGGAAGUCGUCAUCGCGAGUUGCUCUGAGUUGGACUUUCCGUCUACCACCGAGGAUGCUGGGAAAUCUUCUGAUCACGAAAGGACGAACGAUCAGGAGGAUGACGCUACCAAGUCCGCAAAUAUCUUCGGUAACUCAUGGCCGUUCAUUGAUCCGACGCAAAUUAAGCAGAUCACUAGUACGAAACCCGCUCAAAGGAAGCGAAGGAGAAAAGUCAGAUUAUCGUUGAAACGAUAUAAGAAACCGAGAACCGUACAUUCGAAAAUCAAUGACGCAAUAGUGGAUCUUGCGAUCGAGAAUGAUACCUCACUGUCGCUGCAAGGAUCCGAGCAAGAAAAUUUGGACGUAUCGCAUGAUCGGUCGGCAAGAUUAUCGGCGAGGGAGAACUCUUCGUCAACGCGAUCUCGCGUUUUCGUCCGCGAUGAGGACGAGCGUUUGUCCGGAAGUUCCGGAUCGAGCCAGGACGAAGAAGAAGUAAUUAGUCAAACGAGCUCGGAGAUCGCUCCGGUUGAUUAUUCCGGCUCCGGAUACUCCAAAUUCUACUCGCAAAGUCAUGCGAAGGAAGACUCGCAAAAUCGGGAGGAGUUAUCCGAAUAUCCUGAUUAUUUUAUGAACGUCUUGCGAAUCGAUAAUAGCAUUGAGAAUAAUGAUCUCGAUACCUCGGAGGAUGUAACGUCGAUUGCUGAUACUUUUAAGGAUGACGACGAGCCUUUGCUCGUCAAGUUUGCAAAAUUUUCGGAACGACGUGCGACACGCAAGAGUCUUGAGAAUGAAAACGUUUCGCGUAAAACCAGAGGAAUGUUAUUGAGAAAGAAGAAAUCCGAGUUGGAAAACGAUAGGAAUCAUUCUGUCAUGUCUAAGAGAAAGAGAAACAAAUCGGUGGAACCGAAAAGAAAUACUCGCAAUUCCGCGGCGCAUAAUAAUCAUAAUCGGCGGCGAAUUUCCCACGAUUCGGAGGAAAAUUCUUCAAAAAGCAAAUCGAAUUCAAGAGAUGACGUCACUAGCACGCGUGAUGUCGUGGAGGAAAUUGUACAGAAAUGUUGCGACUGUAAAACGCGACGGCGGCGUUCUCGCAAUUUUACAAAUACUGCCUGUCCGUGCAAGAGAAAUCCAAAAGACACAGCCGCCGCAAUUAUGCGAGAUAUUCAAGAGUGUAUAAGCACGAAAAUUGCAAAGGAUGACAAAAAUAUUGAGGAAACGAUUUCUAAAAAUGGAAGAGAUAUGCUCGAGAAGUCGAAUCAUAAGGAUCCCAGUCAAGAUGUUUCCAUGGAAUACGAGUGGGUAGAUAAGAACGAGUUUAAAGAUCAGGAUCAAUCAUCCCAGAAAUUUGAACGAUCAACAAAUGUUGAGGAAUCAUUAAUAAAUGUUAAUCCGGUUGGCAGGCGUCGCAAGAAGAGAUACAGAUAUUCGAUCGAUUGUAAACAAGACGAAAAUACGGAGACGGCUUAUCGUAGCGUCUUUCACGAUUGCGUCGAUUUCGAUACUCCGCGAUCGGCACCAUCCUUGAAAAUAAACAUGGAGGAGAUCUGGAAAUCGGAGGACAGCAGCGACAACGACGAUAGGAUCCACUCAUCUUGGCGUCGAUCGACCUUAGAAUCUUCAACUGAAGAAUGCGGUAACGAAGUUAUUGAUAGCGCGAUGUUAUUGGCUAUGAAGAUUGUUAGUGACGAUUCUAUAAAAGAUGAAAAAUGUGAUGAUAAGGAUGAAACAUUGAAUAAUGCGUGUUUGAAGUAUCACGAAAAGUCAGAUAUUUUCCCAAUAAAAAUAAAUUCUUUUGAUGAUUCGAAUGAAGCUAUGGAGGAUAUAAAAUUCAUGGGCCAACGUGACGAAGCUAUAAUCACAUAUACAAAUAAAAAUAGAACAAUUAGGAGAUCGGCUUCGGACGGUAACUUUGCCAAAGAUGAGGACAAUGAUUCCAAGGACCAAGGUACAGUCGCAAAAAAUAUGAAAAUUAAUAGCAAAGUAAAUGUAAUGCGACAAUGCUCUCGUAACAAAGAUAACAAUUUGAAGCAUGAUGAUGAAAAAAGCGAAAGUGGCCCGCGUAGAGUGACCAGAGCUCUAGUAAAGACUAAAAAUAUUAACGAGAAUCAUCCCGGUAAACUAGUAUGGGGAUUCUUUUCAGGAUGGUGGCCAGCACUAAUCGUCGAUGCCGAACAUGUAGGAAUGGCUCCUGAACCUGACAAGUUGUGGGUCUUUUGGAUCGGAGAAUCGCAAAUAUCGUUGCUCAAACCAGAAACACAGAUACAACCAUUCUCGAGGAACUUGGAGGAGCGAUUGUCGCAACCGUCUCGUAAAAAUAUUCGUUCGCGUGCCAUUGACGCGACUAUACAGAUACUACGCCAACGUUUCAACUGUACUCUGACAAAGCCUUAUUAUUAUUGGAUACGACGAAACAUAGCUAAUUUGGAGACAUUGGAUGAUCUAACGUUUCAUCCGUACCCGGAAAACAUACAAGAAAAAUUAGAUGGUCUGAAGGAAAAAAACUCCAAAGCUACUAAGAAAUUUAUGUCACGUCGGAAAAGUUCACCAGAGCCGCCACCAAAAAAGCAGAAUACGGAAAAAAAUAAAAAUGUAAAUACAAGCUGGGAACAAAUCGAUGAUGAGCGCUUAUGUUUACAAAGCCAACAGCCUGGUGUGAUAGCCUGGGCAAAAAUCCCUGGACAUUGCUGGUGGCCCGCAAUGAUUAUUGAUUAUCGUGACUGUUGUUUAAAAGAACCGAGUUUUGGCUGUCAAUGGAUUAUGUGGUAUGGGGAUUAUCAAGUUUCGGAGGUGCGUCAUCUCGAAUUUUUGAAAUUUCACAAAGGAAUAGAAAAGAUGCGAGAGUACAUUCAGAAUACAAACAGACUACCAUAUCUUGAAGGUGUACUUCAAGCUUCCAAGGAUUAUUGCUCACGGUUAGGAUGCGACACGGAUAACUGGACUUUAGAUAAUGUCUUUGAAUAUUUUUCAAAUAAUAUUCACAUACCGUCUAACCAAUUACAAGUUUCAGACUCUAACAGAAUAUAUGAUAAAUAUUCCAAGGAGAUGGUAAAAAAAAUCAACGAAUUCAAAUUCAAGUCGGAUAUAGAUGUUGAACGAAAGCGUGAUAUAAAAGCGAGUAAUGAUUUUCGGCGCAUAGUAUCAGGAGACUGUGAUUUGGAAAAUUUAUGCUUAAAAUGUUUGAAAGUUCCUAAAGGUAGAAAGGAGGUUCAUCCGUUCUUUGUAGGAUCCUUAUGUAAAAAAUGCUCGGAUGAAUUUAAACCGUGUAUGUUUGUGCAUGGGAACGAUGGCAAGUGCUUUUAUUGUACAAUUUGUGCCAACACCGGAACUGUUCUUAUUUGUGAUUCAGAAGAUUGUCCACGUGUUUAUUGUACAGCUUGUUUGAAAUUUUUGAUAUGUCCAAAAUCAUUUGAUGACAUGUUGUUGGAAGAUCCAUGGGAAUGUUUCCUCUGCAGAGACAAAACUAAACAGCCCAAAGAUUUGAUAUUGCGUCCGCGAUUAAAUUGGAAAGAGCAUUUUACAAAAAUGUUCCGUACAACUCCUAAUUUCACAAAUGAUGUAGAUAUUGCAAAUUUGAAAAAGCAGAAUAAAGCUGUACGUGUGUUGUCUCUUUUUGAUGGCCUGAGCACUGGUUUUUUGGUGCUUCAAAAAUUGGGCCUCGUUGUGGACGUUUAUUACGCUAGUGAAAUUGAUGUAAAUGCCUUAACGAUUAGUUCUGCUCAUUUUGGCGAUCGUAUUACUUAUCUAGGAGAUGUAAGAAGUAUAACAAAGGAAAAAAUUCAAGAAAUUGCGCCGAUUGAUUUGCUAAUUGGUGGGUCACCAUGCAACGAUUUAAGUCUAGUCAAUCCGGCGCGAUUAGGUCUCCACGAUCCAAAGGGGACAGGCAUUCUCUUUUUCGAGUACUGCCGAAUUAAAAAACUAAUAGAAAAAGCCAACAAAGAUCGACAUAUGUUUUGGUUAUUUGAGAAUGUCGCUUCUAUGCCGACUGAGUAUAGAUUAGAAAUUAACAAAAAUUUAGGACGAGAACCUGAUGUCAUAGAUUCGGCGGAUUUUUCACCCCAACAUAGACUGAGACUUUACUGGCAUAAUCUUCCCUUUAAUCCAUAUAUGCCGCUAUUUGAAAGCCGACAAGACGUUCAGGAUAAGCUUACUCCAAACUUGAAUCGAAAGGCUCUUUGCAAGAAACUUCAUACAGUUACGGGCAGAACGGGUUCCUUACUACAAGGAAAAGCAGAAUUAAAACCAAUUAUAAUGAAAGGCAAAACUGAUACGAUAUGGAUUACUGAACUCGAAGAAAUUUUUGGUUUUCCACGACAUUAUACAGAUGUGAAGAAUUUAUCAGCCACAAAUCGACAGAAAAUACUCGGAAAGUCUUGGAGCGUACAAACACUUAUUGCCAUAUUACGACCUUUAUGCUUAUAUUUUAAGUGCAAUGAAGAUGAGACAAACAAAAAGUCUGUUUUUUUUAAAGAAGAUAAUUGAAUUAUCUCAGCAUUGCAAUAGAUACUUUUAACGAAAAUUUUGAUCUAGCAAAGUUUUUUUAUCGAAUAGUACAUAGUUAAGCAAUGAUUUUUUAUCUCAUGCUAUUAUCAGGUUAAUUUAUGA